AUGGCCCAGCCGCGGCCAAGCCGGGCUCUUCUCAUCGUCAACACCGAUUUUGGCGGUGACCCGGAAUUUGGGACCCGGAGAGGAGCCAAGAGGGAAGCGGAGAAGCUUUCCAAGGUGCUCUCCCGGCUCAACUACGAGGUGAAGCUGAUGCAUAACCAGACAGCCAAGGAGAUGGAAGACCUUUACCGGCAAGAGAGCGGCUGUGAGCAUGGGGAGCACUUUGUGAGCAUCAUCUCCAGCCAUGGAAAGGAGGGGGUCAUAUUCGGUUGUGACUCGGAGCCGCUUCAGCUCCCACGGAUUUUCCAGAUUUUAUCCUCGGGGAAGUGCCCAGUGCUCACCAAAAUACCCAAAAUCUUCUUUAUCCAGGCUUGCCGGGGGAAAGAGCUGGACCACGGAGAGGUUCUGGAGUGCGACAGCGGGGGGCCUGAGCCAGAGCGCGAGGCAGACUGCUUCUCCGUCUACCUCUCCAUGCCGCCCCAGACCGCCGUGAUGUUCGCCUGCAGCCCAGGCUACGUGGCCUUCCUCAACAUCUCGGGAUCCAUGUUCCUUCAGGCCCUGCUCAAGUUCCUGGAGGGAGAGGAACGUCACCUGGCCCUCAACCGCCUCAUGACCCGCAUUAACUGGGAGGUGGCGUUUCGAUGCCAGGCCAGGGGCACCUACGAGGGAUGCAAGGAGAUGCCCUGCUUCGUCACCAACCUGCUGCAGGAGGUGUUCCCCUUCUCAGCACCCAUCGUGGAGGAGGCUGACAGUGUUUGAGAGCUGCCCGCUCCGCAGAAAAGCUAGGGAGGGGAAGAGCAGGAGCUUGGCUGCAAGAUGU